UUAUUUGCGACCGAAUGUACAUCGAAGAACAGUCUGUUUGCCUCUUACGAAUUCUUCUGCUCAUCGCAUUUCAGGUUGCAAACAUCUCAUAUUCUCCAGUUGAGUUUGUUUGUAUUACCUCAUGAAAAGACGAGAAUGUAUCGGCCUGCUCAGCAUUUGCGCGGUCCGCCGUCCUUCGAUGUUGGGCCGUCUCAUGCCCCACUGUUCAAGGUCCGUGAAGCUUCAUGUCUGCCUCCCUCUGCUCCAACUCCUCGGGCGUCCAGGACUUUUUGGUCUCCGGUGUCGCCAGAAAAACAAUUUCUAUCCAGACCUCCAGGACCCAACUUUGUGAACCCCCACUGUAGUUCAUUCUCCAUCGACCAUAGUACAGUGAUUACUCUGGGAAGCAACCAGCAGCUCGCCUGUCCGGUACAACCAUCACACAGUCCGGUCUCUCAAUGGAAUACCACAUCUGACAAAUGCCAAAAACCAGAAAAAAGUGACAGUGCUGGAGAGGAGUUCCUGAGAUGUAUAGCUGCAAACAAACCUUUUCCAGACUAUCUCCGAGGGAACAUGGCAUUAAACCUGGCUGAUGCAUUAAAGUCAGCCAAGAUCCUGAGAGAAGCUGUCAAAUCAGACCAUGUUUUCCAGAAACAUUUGACCAUUAGCAAAAGCCACAGCAGGAGUCCUCCAAGAUCUCGAGGCAAAAGCCGUGUGCGAAGCAGAAGCAGGAGCAGAAGUCGAGUUUGUGAAAAAAGUCAUGCAAGAAGCAAAAGCAGGGCUCGCAGCCGAAGCAGAAGCAGGGCUCGCAGCCGAAGCAGAAGCAGGGCUCGCAGCCGAAGCAAAAGCAGGCAAAGGCGGUCAUUGUCACAAAGCUGCACCCCCAGCCGAAUCGACAACUACAACAAUACUAGUUAUAGGAGUGAUCUCAGGGACAGUAGUUUGUUAGAGAGUCUUAAGAUGCUCAUGAAAAACAAAGAAAUGGACGACCAGCUGCCUUCUCUCAGAAAUGCCAUCUUUACUAUUCAGGCCUCAUGUAAAAGCAACAAACCACAGCAUCACUCCAACAAGCAGCAACAUGAUUCACUAGCGACUUCAACAUCACUGGAAAAUGACGGCAUGCUACUGCCUCAUGACAGAGUUAGCAGUGACUUCUCGUGGCUUCAACCCCAAAGUCAAACAGCUCGAAAAGCUGAUCAGUUUGACGACGAAGAGUUGUUCUUGUAUGGGGAAGAAAAAGCUUCAAAGGAAAAACUAGAUGACAGAACAUCUACAACAUGCAUUUCUGGAGAGUUCGUCAAGCCAAAGUGUGACGAAAUAAUAUUUUGUGAGAUGGGGAGUCAACUUCCUAACCAUGAUAAGUCAAAUGUCCAUGUUUUGAAUGGCCUCUCAUUUUCAACCCAAUUCUUAGCAAAUCCGGACAACAAUGAGUGUGAGAAGAUAAAAAACAUAUUGAACAGUUUGAGAAUAAAAGACUGUGAGAUUGGGAAACGGGUAUCUUCUGACCCACAGGGUUGUUCGACAACAGCUUCCUUAGAAUUGAUAUCUCAAAGCUCUAAUGUGGAGCACGCUCUGGAGUCCUUACGGUCACUCAUCAAAGCAACCAUGGAGAAGCAGAAAAGAGAUGAUCCAGUCGUGACAUAUCUAUCAGCGUUUAAUAAACACAAGGUGGGUGAUGAGAGUGAAAGGAACAAUGCUAAACGAGCAAAAAUAACUCAAAGUGAAAUGCUGAUGAAAGAAGUGGGGGAAUUGCUCAAAGAGGAUGGAUUCAGUUUUCUCAUACCAGUAAUUGGGUUUUACUGCCAGAAAUGCGAGGAGUUUAUUGGAGAUUUAAGAACUGCUGAAACUCAUGCUGCUAACCACUGCCAUCAUAAGAUUGCCUGUAAAACUUUGAAUAAACAUACAGAAGAGACUAAAAGACACAAUAACUCUAGCAGCAGCAAAAACCCUCCCACGUUGUUGGACCGACGAGACCACGGAGGCCAGCCUUAUACAGACAGACAAGACUGGAAACACGAAAAUCAUUACAAUAGGAGCCAUGACACAGAUCCAAGUAUAAAAAAGGAGGAUGAGUGUCAUGCUCAUAGACCAGGGCAGGAAAGUUAUUUGUUCAAUGAGAUGAGGAAGGAGAAGAUGCUCAUCACUGUUUUGGGUUGUCUUCCAUCUCCAAAUAUUAACAAGGAAAUGACUAAGGAUUGUGAAAUUGCAAAUAAUUCCAAAGUGAAGGAGGAAACAGCAUACAAUGGAAUGUCUACUGAUGUGGGCAAUAAAGAUGCAAAGGGAAAAAGCAGAUGUAGCCAUGACAGGAGGGAUGACACUCAAAAGGAAUCAACAGUAAAGUCACACAAAAAGAAAAAGAAAAAAGAGAAGAAAAAGGGCAAGAAGAAGAAAAAGGAUAAUUAAGUGUUUCAUCGUCCUUGGUUGUUCAUUCUAAAGUUCAUACCUCAACAAAUUUCACAUUGCAACGACACCGUACAGUGGUUUUCAAAUUCUGGGGGCAUGCCCAUAGUGGGGGGUUGGGCAUUAUGACAAGGGAGGGGGGAUGUACAACCAUCAACUAUCAUGCAAACCUUUUAUCGUUAAGUUACACCCAGCAGUUGCACGUGGGUGAUGUUUCAGCGCACCCUAUGCUUUAAAAUGUUAAAUGUCACUAAUCCCUGCGCCGAAAAUUUCAUCUCCAAAAAGUGGGGGAGCAACAGAAAUGUUUGGGAACUACUGGACUAUUGGAUUAUUUUGAUUUAGUUUGAAGCACAGGUAUCGUACAAAAAAUCCACAGGCCAGAUUUGGCCUGUUGCAUGAUUUUAUAUGCCCUGCUAAGCAAGUCAUGAUACGCGAUAAAAUAAAAAAAUAAAAAUUUGUCUUCACUUUUAA